AUGUUGCGUGUAGCGACACAACACAUGAGGACUGUGUCAUUGGACAAGGCAAAGGCUGCAUUACGCUCGCCAGGAGCGCAGCAACUUCCAGAGGAGAUGAGGGCAUUGGCUGCAGCCAAAAGGNCAAAUCAGCAACAUCUGAUAAGAGGCAGCAGAUCGUUUGAAGGCAUCGUACCUCUGCGGACACCCGUGCUCUCCCCAGUCCNNCUUCCGAGUCCGAGCCUUCCAUCGCCAACUCCGCAUGACUGGCCUUUACAAGCAAAUACCGACUCUGACAAGCACGAAUCGAAAUUGUCAGACGAGUACUUUGAAAUGAAUGACGAAAAGCGUAUGUCAAUGUCGUCAGUUGAGAGACAGCUGAAAAUCCCAAUCGAGGUAUCAAUCACCCGUCCGACAGAGCCUCCAGUAACGGAUUACGAGCCUCGUGGCAGGCCUCGUCAGCAGUCACGAACAGGGUCUAGCAGACGACUCAAUGACUAUGAGAGCAAGGUGAUUGAUGCCUACGAAGACAAAACUCUAGAUGCAUCUUCAAACGAGAGCCUGAUGGAUGAGGCUAAGCGGUUGGCUAACGAAUACCAUGCCUUGUUCAGAGAAGACGCCAAAGCUUCUGGUUUCCGAAAGCACAGUGCUUCAUCCAAUAGUAUCAAAGAAAAGAUGAAGCUUGUGCCACAACCGCUGUUCUUCAAUCCUAGACAGAUAUCCAAACAGCGAGAGUUGGAGUAUCAGAGGGCUCGCAACAAAGCUUACUCGCCAGCAGCAAGCAGAUCUCCAGACCCACGGACUAUGUCUCGCGAGCAGCGAAACAGCCCCAAGAUCAAAGAGCGCCCCCUCAACUUCCCCUUUAAGCUCUCUCUUACGCCGGAGUCUACAGGCGCAAGGCGUCGCCGCAGCACAAGUGGCAGCAUACCCAUUUCACCGCCGUUCCCUGGACAUGAAGUAAUAAAGACAAAAGAGCCGCCCUCUCCUGUACAAAGAAAACAAAGCAUCGACGACUCCAACCGCUUCUCGGCCUUUUAUCAUCGCAUCAAUGCUGACGCUGAGCAACUAGCCAGGGAAUACAGUAAGCCGAACAAUAAAGUCACCUUCGAGAUGAACACACUGCCCACCAUACUCUCACAUCCUUCAGAUGAGACCGCGCGGUCCUCGCAAGCCUCGCCUUACGGCAAGAGGAAGCAAUCUUACGAUAGUGGAAUUAGCAGUGGAGCAUCUUCGAAGGGCUCAAAGGUUCCCUUGAAGUCGCUUACGUCCAAAGUGACUUCGGUAUUCGGCCAUCAUGUUCGGAAGUCUUCUGUCACUGCUGUUGAGGGACUAUCAAAUCUUGUCGAGAACUUCAAACAGCGGACACCUUCGUUUCCAAUCAUAAGUGCGCCGCAACCUAUAUCAAUGACCGAAGCGUACGAUCCUUUAAGAUUGCAAGCAUCGUCGUCUGCAGCUUCUAACACGGCGAAGAAACGACCAAGUGUGUUUGCUGGAAUCAAGGAUCACAGGCGUGAGAGCAAAGCAAAUAAGCGGAGGGAGGAGCUCAAGAAGACGAUUAAGAUGGUGCCACUGGAAGGAGUGCCUCAAGUGAGCCGCAAAAAUGGUGAAUGGCUUUAG